GGGGUUUUUUUUCCCCCCCUUUUUAGCAAUACAUGCUUGAAAACUAUCAGGCCCUAUUAGGGAUUAGAAAAAUCUUUGGCUGGGUGAGUGAGCAGAUCAAGCCCUUGAAAACAAAAAAAAAAAAGCAGGAACCCGGCUAGUUUCUCCUGCAGAAAAGCAUCGCCAGCUGAAGUGCAGUGAGCCCCUUCGCAGCCAAAGCUUUAGGAUGGGAGCGAAGAGCCCGCUGCACCAGGGGGAAGGGGAAGACAACGAGGCGACCGCCCGGGCCGCCACCAACAAUCGGCGAGCCAGACCACGCUACAGGAAGCCGUAGCCUCCGGUGAUAAAUAGGAGACCCGGGAACACAGGAUGCACGUAGGGCGAGCUCGGCGGGACGAGGGGAUGUGAGCUGGAGGCUGACGAGUCCCUCCAUCCUCCCCUCCGUCCGUGCAGCCGGCGGGAUGGCCAUCGCCCAGCUGCUGCUGCUGCUGCUCUUGCUGGCUCGGGGGUCCGGUGGGGAGGACGCCGAUGUGGUCUGCGCCGGCACCGCCUGCUACACCCUGCACCGGGCCGAGCUGGGCUGGAGCGCCGCCCAGGAACGCUGCCGGCACAACGGCGGCAACCUGGCUCCGGUACGCAGCCCCAACGAGGCCCGGCGGUUGCGGGAGCUGAUGGCGGCGGCCGGCUGGCCGGGCCCGGCCUGGAUCGGGCUGUCUCUAUCACGGGGCCAGUGCAUCCAGCCGCAGGAACCUCUGAGGGGCUUCACCUGGGCGGCUGGCGGGGAGCCCGGUAACUACUCGGCCUGGCUGUCCGAGCCCGCCGUCACCUGCGUCAUCUCCCGCUGCGUCAGCUUGCGGCCGGCUGGGCCCUCCGGCACCGCCGGCUGGGCUGACCGUCCCUGCCGGGCCCUGCUGACCGCCUUCCUCUGCAAGUUCAGCUUUCGGGGGAUGUGCGGACCCCUGCCGCUGGCCGGGCCCGGCCGGGUCAGCUACACCACCCCCUUCGGGGUGCGCAGCUCCCGGCUGGCGGCUGCCCCCUUCGGCACGCUCGCGGAGGCCGACUGCGAGGGGGGCGGGGGCCAGGCCUUCGCCGUCUGCAAGGGGCCGCUGGAGGGGGGCAGCUUCGCCUGGCACCCCCCCGGACCCCUCUGCCCCACCGCCUGCGCCCACCGCAACGGCGGCUGCCAGCAUCGCUGCCUGGAGGCACCGGGGGAGACUCCGCGCUGCGCCUGCCAUCCCGGCUACAUCCUAGCGCCUGACAUGGCCUCCUGCUUGCCCGAGGACGCCUGCCACCCCAACCCCUGCCAGGGGACCUGCCGGAUGCUGCCCAGCGGCUUCGAGUGCGGCUGCGAGGCCGGCUACGCCCUGGCGCCCGACGGCCACCGCUGCCUGGACGUGGAUGAGUGCCGGGACAGGCCCUGCCAGCACGAGUGCCACAACACGGCUGGCAGCUUCUUCUGCCUCUGCCGGCCCGGCUACCAGCUGAUGGGGCCGGGCAGCCACCACUGCCUCGACGAGGAUGAGUGUGCCUCGCCCGGUGUCUGCCCCCAGCUCUGCCUCAACGUCCCCGGCUCCUUCCACUGCGCCUGCCGGCCCGGCUACCAGCGCCAGCCCGGCAGUGGCAAUGCCUGCCUGGACGUGGACGAGUGCCUGCGGGACCCCUGCCCUGGGCCCUGCCGCAAUCUGCCCGGCAGCUUCGAGUGCCUCUGCCCGCCCGGCUUCCUCCCGGAGGAGGAUGGACACGGCUGCCGCGCCACACCCACCGCUGGAGAGCAGCCCGCGGGGGCCCCCAACAGCACCCUGCGGACCACGGGCAUCCCGCAGACCACGGGCGCCCUGCGGACCAUGGGCAUCCUCCAGACCACGGGUGCCCCAUGGACCACAGGCAUCCACCAGACCCUGGGCAUCCCCGUCAGGGCAACGCCACCAGCCCCCACAGCGGUAGGGUCGGCACCCGGCCCCGAGCACAGCACCGACGGCCCCAGGCUGCUCCUCUACUACAUCCUGGGCAGCCUGGUAGCCAUUCUGCUGCUGCUGGCCUUUGCCCUGGCCCUGCUGGCCUGCAGGAGGAGGGCGGCCAAGCGGGAGAAGCAGCCGGCCAAAAGUGCAGCGGACAACUACUGCUGGGUGCCUGAGCAGCCGGAGAGCCGCGGGGCAGGCGGCGAGCGCAGCAGCAGAGAGCUUUUCCGGGGGAGCAGACACCGUAAGGUUAGUGGAGCUGUAUCAUCCCUGCAGCUCCCUAGACCUGUGCGGGAGCCUGCGCGAUUGCCCUGGGUUUGGAGCAGUGAGACAGCGAUGCUUCCCCCAAGGCAUCAAGCCCCGGAAGGGCGAGACCUUGACCCAGAAGGUGCACAGCAUGGGGAAAUCUGUGCGACCCAGCCUUGUAGGCAAGGGGCCAAGGCAGAGAAUAUACGGUAAAAAGGUAUGAAAAACUAUGUUUAGAAAAGCCACCUACCCGUUUCUGGUGUAUUCAGUUUAAAACCACUUGCAAAAUACAGAAAACAAUGCUCUCCUUCAAAUGCAGCUGCAUGAGAGACCAGACUUUUCCUGUUGGAUCAUACUUUUGGGGCUGGACCCCUUCCCAACUGCUGGGGGUCCAGGCUGAAUGCAUUUUCCAUUCCUCCCCCUGUAAAGAAUACACUGGAUGUUGUAUAUUUGCUAAUUAUUAUGUAUAAAACUUUUAACCCCGCUUCAAAGCAAAUGCUUUCUCAGGGCAAAUUGUUACCCAGUCUUCCCCAGGUACCUAACUUCAGAGAGCUGCUUAUACUCGGCCACUCCUGACAAUGAAGCCUCUCUGAGCUGUUUCAGUGGGAAUCCUCCCCCAAAAACUGAGGGGCACAGGGGCCAUUCCUGCUUCCCAUCAAGCAGUGCCAGCUUCAUUAUUUAUCCAUGCUCUCCAAGGUAAAAAGGUGCUAGAAAAGAACAGGCAUGUGAUUUGAAUGGCACAUAAGUUUCCUGAAGUUUCUGCUGGUUUUAUUGUAUACUUGAGGCUUAAUUGCUACAGAAAUGGGAACUGAACACAAAGGAGUUUGCUGUAGGCAGCGACCUGCAUCCUGUUCUUCCAUGUCUGGAGGAAAACCCUUUCCUGCUGUUUUUUUUGUCUUCAUUUCUCCAUUGUAAAAUUAAAAAAAAAAACAACAAAACCAAACAAAACAACACAAGCCGAUGUAGCUGAUAGAAGUGUUUUUACUGUUCUGUCCAUGCUUCCUUUUCUCCGCACAGUGGCUGGGAGAAGCAGUGAAUGCAGCAGCGGCAUUCUUGGAAGUCCCGCAGAAAAUUCAUACCCUGUCUGUGUUAUGACAAGCCAGCAAAGCACUCUGAAUAUAUGAAUAAAUUAAGCAAACGAAUAAUCCUACUGAAAUCAGUGGGACAACCUACAUACAUAAAAUUAUGCCUGCGCUGUCAGGCUAUGCCGACUCGGGGUCUGUAUAGGGAAAAGCCAGUCACGGCGACGUGCCUUGCAUUGCAGGGACUACUUGGUUUGCUUUAUCAAAAGCAGAGGCAUUUUCCACACAUUAACGUCUCAGGAGUGGUUCUGCCUUAUUCUUCAGUUAAGGUAUCAAUAAAUCCUUGUAUAUAACGCUUAUUCCACUAUGAAAAAGGGAAAAGGAAGCAUAAGCGUGGGCUCAGAGCUGGUACAAAUCUGAGAGGUGUUAUUUAUUCCAGAAAUUCCUCAGUAAAACCUAUAAUCCUGAUCUCUGUUACGACCUUUGUAUAUUCCAGUAUGCGUAGUAUAUUACCAAUGGAGUGUGGUAGUGGGUCCAGCCUGGGGAAGACACUAAUUUGUGUCUAGGUUUAGUUUGGGUUCUCUCUGGUGGAAUAUUUCCUGAUGUAGCAUCCUUCACACUGGUGCAAUUACACCUGGAUAAUCUCAUGUCUCCCUUUCUUCCUGCCACGAACCCAGCAGGACCAUUUUGAUCUGCAUCCUUGUUAGGGAGUUAUCUAGGGCCCGGUGAAUCCCAUGGGCUAAAGCAAACAGGAAUGGGACCAGAUAGUUCGGUACCCCCGUCUUACAGUCAGAGGAGACGGGAUGUUCAUCCUGGCCCAAGGGGGUUUUACCACAGUGCCCAGGGCAGCUACCUCUGCUCCCCGUUCCUGCCGUAUCAAUGAGGUGCCAUUAUAAGCAAGACCUAUAACUGUCCUGCUGUCACCAUGGCAGGACGGGCUAGCUGACAUGUCUGAAAUGCUUUGUACAUAUCAACUGGUUUGUAAUGAGGUAAGUGUUAUAUUUUUACGGUCCAGAAUUAAGACACGCCUCAUCCUUUGCGGAAAUGGCACAUCAGGACUGGAUUUUACUUUGUCAUAUGCACGGCAAUGGCACAGCACCACAGCCUUGCAGUUACCUUCGACUAAAAGAAUAAGGUUAUCCCACAUGUUGAAUAACACUGUAUGUUGCUUUUCUGAUGAAACACCAAUAAAAUAUAAACAGAAUGCAUCUUCAGUGGUUUUUAAUAAACAUAUACGAUAUCAAAACCUA